AUGCAAAACUUCAAAUCUGGCCCAAAAUGCAUCACUUCAAGUAAAACCUUAGCAGUCUUGGGAGCUUUCGAUCUCGUGGAGAAUGGUGUUUCUGAAAAUAUUCCUGUUUCAGCCAUUGUUUUCGGGUGCCCGCAAGUAGGGAACAAAGCUUUCAACGAGAGGUUCAAGAAGUAUCCAAAUCUCAAUGUUUUGCAUGUAAAGAACACCAUUGACGUGAUCCCACAUUAUCCAGGGCAGAUGUUGGGGUACAGGCACACGGGGGUUGAUUUGGUUAUAGAUACAAGGAAGUCUCCAAGCUUGAAGGACUCGAAGAAUCCGUCAGAUUGGCAUAAUCUGGAGGCGAUGUUGCAUGUGGUGACUGGGUGGAAUGGGGAGAAGGAGAAGUUUGAGUUGAAGGUGAAUAGAAGCUUGGCUUUGGUGAAUAAGUCGAGUGAAUAUCUCAAGGAUGAAUACUUGAUUCCGGGAUCGUGGUGGGUGGAGAGGAACAAAGGGUUGGUGCGUGAUGAAAAUGGAGAAUGGGUUCUGGCUCAUCCAGACGAAGAUGACCUUCCGGUUCCCGAGUAUUAUUCAUCAAUUGAGUUGUAG